AUGGAUGCUGGUGAGUACCCCAUGGCAGCAGUCACUUCAUUUCAUUUAUCCCAAGUGAACUGUAACCUGCAAGCCUCCUUUAGAAUGAAGAGGAGCAAUUUAUCUGUCGUGAAUAAAAUUGUCCAGUCAUCACCAGUAAUGAAACAGUCAAAACUUGGAUUCUACUCUUCUCUCAGCCAGACUCAUAUGUACACGGCUCUUGCAGACUGGGGGAGUUUGCCUCAUCAUGUAGUAUUACACAUUUUUCAGUAUCUUCCUUUAAUAGAUCGGGCCCGGGCAUCUUCUGUCUGUAGGAGAUGGAAUGAAGUUUUUCAUAUUCCUGACCUUUGGAGAAAGUUUGAAUUUGAACUGACUCAGCCAGCUACUUCGUAUUUUAAGUCCACUCAUCCUGAUCUCAUUCAGCAGAUUAUUAAAAAGCAUGCUACCCAUCUCCAGUAUGUCAGCUUUAAGGUUGACAGUAGUACUGAAUCAGCAGAAGCUGCCUGUGAUAUACUGUCUCAGCUGGUAAAUUGUUCUAUCCAGACCUUGGGCUUGAUUUCAACAGCCAAGCCAAGUUUUAUGAAUAUGUCAAAGUCUCAUUUUGUGUCAGCACUUACAGUUGUUUUUGUCAACUCAAAAUCAUUGUCAUCAAUCAAAAUCGAAGGCACACCAGUGGAUGACCCCUCACUGAAGAUUCUCGUGGCCAAUAACAGUGAUACUCUAAGACUCCUAAAAAUGAGUAGCUGUCCUCAUGUUUCAUCUGAUGGAAUCCUUUGUGUUGCUGAUCAUUGUCAAGGCCUUAAAGAACUGGCAUUGAAUUAUUACAUGCUAAGCGAUGAUCUUCUCCUGGCACUUUCAAGUGAGACUCAUGUUAACCUUGAGCAUCUUCGCAUUGAUGUUAUAUGA